AGCCACUCCUUUUUGCAAAAAAAGAUACGACAGCAACAAAAUGGGACGAUUGUCUACUGCCACUCUCUUCUUUCUCUUAGCUCUUUCUUCAGUUCAAGGUAUAGGAAUUGACGGUGGAACCAAAUGUGCUGGCUGUGUGGUUAUAGUCGCUCUAGUCGAGCAGUUGUCCUUCAUAUACAACGAGACUGUCGCGGACUCGCUGGCUCGUUUUUGCAGUUACCUACCGCCUGAAAUCGACAUUGCUUGCCAAUUCGUAAUAAAGACCUAUGGCCCAAGCAUCAUUGAUCUACUAGAGGACAACGAGACACCAGACACGGUUUGCUAUGGCAUAGAAUUUUGCAAGAAAUACGACAAGAGCAAGAAAAUGUGUCACCUUUUCCCUCUUCCCCCUUCUCACUUCAAAGAUGAAACAGAAAGAGUGACUCGUUUAGUCACAAAAGCUAAGGGAAAAUCGUCAUCUCCGUUUCCAAAAGAGAUUUGCUCAAUUAGUGCAUUUAAGAAACUUUGUCAACUUUUCAAUAACUUUACUGAUUAUCACACUCCACUCUUCGACGAAGAUGGAGACAGCUUCUCAAUUGAAAACACAUUUCGUGGUGCCGAUUGGAGAGGAAAAGACUGCAAUGACUUAAACCCAAAGAUAUAUCCAGGCCGUUUGACAUCAAGUGAUGCAGUGGUUGAUAGUAACUGCAAUGGUAUAGUAGGAAUAGAUCCGGCCAGCAAUAAGUCGUACGAAGAGCUAUGGUGCAACGGUACAAUGGCUAUGGGUACUAUCCUUCUUGGAGAUAGUGCAGGGGCCCAUUUUCAUAUUCCUCCCUCCUGGCUGACAGCAAAAGAGCUAAAUACUGAUACGUACUCUGAUCUCCUAACGAUACUUGAGAAUGAGCUGGACUGGCCAAUGCUCUCAUUUGUGACUGGAUUCCAGACGACAGAGAAAUGGAAGAAAGAUAUACAAGGCCCUGUCGAUUCAACAUACUUGAAAAUGAGGACACUAAAUCGCUGCAAUCAUCGAGACUAUCAAAACAUUGGAGUCAAUGGAGCUCGCUCCUCUUCAAUGAAAGAACUAGUAAAAUUCCUUGCAAGGCACCGGCUACUUGAUAAACCAGUUAUGGCAACGAUUGAGCUAUUGGGAAACGAUGUAUGCAGUGGGCACGAGGACACCAGUCACAUGACGACGCCAGAAGAGUACUACAAUAACAUGCACUAUGUGUUCGAGUACCUUGAUAGCGCCCUGCCCGUUGGCUCUGUAGUAUUUGCUACUGGAUUAGUUGAUGGACGCAUUCUGUAUGACACUCUACACAGUAAUAUACACCCAAUAGGGAGUACUAGGGGUGACGUUACUUAUUCUGAUUUUUAUGACUACCUAAAUUGUCUGGAGAUAUCGCCUUGCUUCGGUUGGAUGAACAGCAAUGAAACAUGGCGUAACUUGACAAGCGAUAGAGCACUGGAGCUGACUCAGACGAUGGAGAAGCUCAUUAAAGAGACAAAGUAUCAAAACAUCACUGUUCUUUAUAUGCCGGUCCCACUGCAUCAAGUUUUUGAUACAUGGAAAGGGGACAAAGCUGAUUUGAUUGAGCCAGUGGACGGCUUUCAUCCAAGUCAAAUUACAAAUGCUCUCGUUGCUAAUGUCACAUGGCAAUAUAUCAGGGAUACUUAUCCUGACAUUGUUCCUCCAGAAAACCCCUACAAUGAACUCAUCCAGAAAAAGUUUGGUGAUCAAGGAGGCUACUAAAAUACCGCUUGACAGUUCAACUCAAAAAUUUAACAUUUAAUUUUGCUUUUGUAUAAAUUUCACUAAUUAUUGAUAAUAUACAAAUUUCAUUUUAACUGCUGGUUUCUGAUAAUUGUUUUAUAAAAA